GACCCGGGUGGCGGUGGAGGCGGCUGCGGCCGCGGGCGGUGGGAGGAGCCGCGAGGUUCCGGCAGCCCGGGCUAGGCGACCCUUGGGUCGGCGCCGUGGGCGAGGUACGCAGGUAGGCAGGGGAGCGGCCGCCGCUCAGGGAUCGGCUCGGGCGACGGAGUGCAGAGCGGCGCCUGGCGCGCCCCCCGCACCCUCGGCCGCCGGCGUCCAGGCGGGGCAGUGAGGAGAUGCCGACCCAGAGGGACAGCAGCACCAUGUCCCAUACGGUCGGGGGCGGCGGCAGCGGGGACCAUUCUCAUCAGGUCCGAGUGAAAGCCUACUACCGCGGGGAUAUCAUGAUAACACACUUUGAGCCUUCCAUCUCCUUUGAGGGCCUUUGCAAUGAGGUUCGAGACAUGUGUUCUUUUGACAAUGAACAGCUUUUUACCAUGAAAUGGAUAGAUGAGGAAGGAGACCCGUGUACAGUAUCAUCUCAGUUGGAGUUAGAAGAAGCCUUUAGGCUUUAUGAGCUAAAUAAGGAUUCAGAACUCUUGAUUCAUGUAUUCCCUUGUGUGCCAGAACGUCCUGGGAUGCCUUGUCCAGGAGAAGAUAAAUCCAUCUACCGCAGAGGUGCCCGUCGCUGGAGAAAGCUUUAUUGUGCAAAUGGCCACACUUUUCAAGCCAAACGUUUCAACAGGCGUGCUCAUUGUGCCAUCUGCACAGACCGAAUAUGGGGACUUGGACGCCAAGGAUAUAAGUGCAUCAACUGCAAACUCUUGGUUCAUAAGAAGUGCCACAAGCUAGUCACAAUUGAAUGUGGGCGACAUUCUUUGCCACCGGAACCAAUGAUGCCAAUGGACCAGUCCUCCAUGCAUUCAGACCAUCCACAGACAGUAAUUCCAUAUAAUCCUUCAAGUCAUGAGAGUUUGGACCAAGUUGGUGAGGAAAAGGAGGCAAUGAACACCAGGGAAAGUGGCAAAGCUUCAUCCAGUUUAGGUCUUCAGGAUUUUGAUUUGCUUCGGGUAAUAGGAAGAGGAAGUUAUGCCAAAGUACUGUUGGUUAGAUUAAAAAAAACAGAUCGUAUUUAUGCGAUGAAAGUUGUGAAAAAAGAGCUCGUCAAUGAUGAUGAGGAUAUUGAUUGGGUACAGACAGAAAAGCAUGUUUUUGAGCAGGCUUCAAAUCAUCCUUUUCUUGUUGGGCUGCAUUCAUGCUUUCAGACAGAAAGCAGAUUGUUCUUUGUUAUAGAGUAUGUAAAUGGAGGAGAUCUGAUGUUUCAUAUGCAGCGACAAAGAAAACUUCCUGAAGAACAUGCCAGGUUUUAUUCUGCGGAAAUUAGUCUAGCCUUAAAUUAUCUUCAUGAGCGAGGGAUAAUUUAUAGAGAUUUGAAAUUAGACAAUGUAUUAUUGGACUCUGAAGGACACAUUAAACUCACUGACUAUGGCAUGUGUAAGGAAGGAUUACGGCCAGGAGAUACAACCAGCACUUUCUGUGGUACUCCUAAUUACAUUGCUCCUGAAAUUUUAAGAGGAGAAGAUUAUGGUUUCAGCGUUGACUGGUGGGCUCUUGGUGUACUAAUGUUUGAGAUGAUGGCAGGAAGGUCUCCGUUUGAUAUUGUUGGGAGUUCUGAUAACCCUGAUCAAAACACAGAGGAUUAUCUCUUCCAAGUUAUUUUGGAAAAACAAAUUCGCAUUCCACGUUCUCUGUCUGUAAAAGCUGCAAGUGUCCUGAAGAGUUUUCUGAACAAGGACCCAAAGGAACGAUUGGGUUGUCAUCCUCAAACAGGAUUUGCUGAUAUACAGGGGCAUCCAUUCUUUCGAAAUGUUGAUUGGGAUAUGAUGGAACAAAAGCAGGUGGUACCUCCCUUUAAACCAAAUAUUUCUGGAGAAUUUGGCUUGGACAACUUUGAUUCUCAGUUUACUAAUGAACCUGUACAGCUCACUCCAGAUGAUGAUGACAUUGUGAGGAAGAUUGAUCAGUCUGAAUUUGAAGGUUUUGAGUAUAUCAAUCCUCUUUUGAUGUCUGCAGAAGAAUGUGUCUGAUCCUCAUUUUUCAACUGUGCUUUCUCCUUAUGUUGCCAUUUAAUGCAUGGAUAAGCUUGUUACCAGCCUGGAUACAACUAACCAUUUUAUAUUUGCCACCCCUCCCCCCCCCCAAAAAAAAACAACAAUAUCUUAUAGACUAUAAGAAUAAAUUUAUUACAUUUAAAUAUAACUGAAAAAAAAUAAAACUAGCUUUCAGACAAUCAUGUCAAAAUUUAGUUGGAUUGAAUCUUCAGAGGCCGGAUGAGUAAUGAAAUUACCUUUUUAAUUUAAAGGAAAUAACCACUAUUUUAAAACAAAUUAUCUGUUGCAUUAAGGCACAUAGUGGGAUUACAUCAUAAGCUCCUCACAAUUUUCGUCAUUCUCUGUUAAUUUGGAAUAAAAGGUUAAUUCAAAAUGCAGCAAAUUUUAUAUUACCUGUUAGUUUCAGAGUUCUUUAUGUUUAACAUUCAACUAUAAGAUUUCUCGUUGUCUUGGAUAAUUAUUAAUUUUUAAGGCAACAAUUACUAAAUUGGUAAUAAAAGACAUUUCCUUAGAAUUGGGCAUUACAGAUUCCUCUAAGUUAAAAAGUAGACAUAUUAAGAAUCAGAUUCCAAAUCUUUAGCUAUUUUUGAAACACUGGCACAAAUGAUUUUUAAUUUUAUUUUUUUUAACAAUAAGAGAUAGUUUUUGAGCUUAUCCUUUUAGUGAAAACUUAAUGUUAAUAUAUGUGUUCAAAAGACACAGAAUGCAGUCAAAUGGAAAACUGCUAGGUAUAUAGAAAGGAAAAUAAUAGACAUUUAAAGUAGAUACAGAAAAGUGCAAUGGUAAUAUUUAUUUCUUACUGGAGAGUGAAUCCUGCAGUUAUUCUUUAUGAUCUAAAUAAUGAGGAGGCACUCAUUUGUUACCAAACUUGUAAAAGCAUUCCAUGUAUUCGGUGGAGGCAGAAUGUAUAAUAUUUGUUCCUUAUUUAGUAUAUAGGAAAUUAAUUUAUCUUCUAAGUAGAAUGUCUUAACUUCACUAGUUUCUUCCCCCAAAACCACAUUUUUGGUACUUUUGGGUCAUGUUUAUGGAAUCCUCAAUAAAAUACAGAAUAAAAAGAAACCAGUAAACAUGAAUAAAUGUUUAGAGCCACACAUACACUCAAACUUAUCACAGUUCUCUCUCUUUAACUGAGUUUUUAUUUAGUAACUAAUACAUGUAAUACAAAGUAGAAUACAUUUCAGGAGCAGAGUUUUUCAUAUUUUUUUAUUAAUAUUGGUGUUUAGCAACUUAGUAUUUGAAGAGGUGCCAGAUAUAGCAUCCUUCUGUUGUUUAUUUUAAAUAUCAUUUUUAUGAAAAGGGGCUUUAAAAAAGUAACCAUAAUCAUCUAAAUAAAUACCUGUCCAAUCUUGGUAAAAUGUAAUUUUAGGGAAGCUAUCUAAUUUUAAUUUUUUUUAAUUUAGAAUGAUUUAAAAUUUAUAGACAUUUAAUAAAUUUCUCUGUCUCUGAAUACUACAUUUCAUUAGAAAUGUAAUAUUCCAGUUUUUGGUCACACAUUCUCCUUUCUUCAAAUAAAUAAGUCUGAAAGCAGUGAAAACCUCAAAGGAAAAUGUUUAUAUACAUUUGCAUGUUCAUUUGAGAGGUGUUUAUGUUUCUCUUAAUACCUGAAACUUGUUUUAAAACAAAAAUCAGUAUUCACUUCAUGUCAUAAACUUAUAUAGGGAAUUCUGACAUAUUGCACCAGAAUGUUCAUGGUCUUGCUUUUAAGUGGUGCUGUUUCCCUUAGGGAAGCUUAGAAUGUGGCAUUAUCACCCAGGGAGUUUGUUUAAAAUGCAGGGGCCAACUUAGAAUUUUGUUGGGCCUUUGGACCUCAUUUUGAAAAAUAAUUUCUUCAAAUUUUUUUUUGUCCUGUGGUUAAAUAUUAGAAAGAGCAUUCCUUGUAAAUAAAGAGCAAACGGCAAGGUAUAACCUGUCUACAUUUUUAAACAAAUUAUAAAUGAAUGAUUUCAAGUUAGGUAUCUUCCCCACCUUGCCUGGCAACAAAAGCUAUCAGUUUUCUACCAAUAAUACACAAAGGAUGAGCAUUUUUCUAUGAUAUAGUUUUAACCAUUAUUCAGGGUAAUCUUUUAUUUUAAAAUCCUUUUUUAACUAAUAAGAUUUACUGUGUAUAUUUUAUACAGAAUUACAUUACAAAUAUUUUUAAUUGUGUUAUUUUUUUUGCAGUCUUUUAAGUGCCAUGCCGGUUCUUUUUGUGUUAUGUAGAAUUUC